GUCUGCUGCUGCGUACCUGACGGAGGACAUGAGGGACGGGAGGUGAUGCUUCAGAUAGAAAAGGAGCCGGUUCUGCUUCACAACGACCAACAGAACCAGUACCAACAGAACUACGACCUGGACCAGCAGGACCACGACCAAGAGAACCCGAAGCAAACGCGGGAUCUAAGCCGGUACCUGCUGCUGCUCCGGACUCUGUGACAGGCUGAGCAGGAGAACGAGAGACAGUCACAUGAGCUACUGACAGUAGAUGAGACUCCGCCUCUUCUGAAUAUCUGGAGGAAGUUGUCAUCAUUUACCCCAGUGCAUCAUGGGAACUGCAGUCCUCUUCAUGCCACUCCUCUGCCUUAUGAUGUCAUCAGUGUGUGCUGGAGUGGGUGGGGCCAGUCAUGCAGGUGGCGCUGUGCUCUGUCCUCAACAGUGUGUGUGUGAGACACGGCCCUGGUUCACGUCACAGUCUGUGUAUCAUCAGGCUCGAACCGUGGACUGUAACGAACUUCACCUGCACAUGGUUCCUGUGGACAUCUGCACUGACACACAGGUUCUUCUGCUACAGAGCAACAACAUCUCGUUCAUCUCAACUGAACUUCAGAGUCUGACAAACCUGACAGAACUGGACCUGUCCCAGAACCACUUGACACAGGUGACCUCCAUGGGUCUGGACUCUCUGUCUCAACUGGUCACUCUGUAUGCCGAGGAGAACGUCAUUGAGGAACUUCUGGACUUCAGUCUGAGGAACCUGAGCAGUUUAGAAGAACUUUACCUGAACCACAACCACAUCUCUUCCAUCACUGCCAACGCCUUCACUGGACUCAACAACCUGCUCAGGCUCCACCUGAACUCUAACCGUCUAGUGGCCAUCGACAGUCGUUGGUUUGAGUCCCUGCCGUCUCUGGAGAUCCUGAUGAUCGGGGAGAAUCCCAUCCUGGGUCUGGAGGAAAAAAACUUCCUGCCUCUGUCCCGUCUCCAUAGUCUGGUUCUGGCGGGAAUGGGACUGACGUCUGUCCCCACCACUGCCUUCCUGGGUCUGGACUACCUGGAGAGCCUGUCCUUCUAUGACAACAGGCUCAGGUCGGUUCCUCGGGAUGCUCUGAACAUGCUUCCUAACCUGAAAUUCCUGGACCUGAACAAGAACCCGAUCAGCCGAGUCCAGCAGGGAGACUUCCAGAAGCUUCAGCACCUGGAGGAGCUCAGUCUAAACAACAUGGCCGACCUGUUGAUGGUGGAGGGCGCAGCUUUUCAGAAGCUUCCACAAAUGGUCAAACUGGAGAUUUGUAACAACCCGCGACUUUCCUACGUGGACCCGCGGGCCUUCAGUGAGCUGUCCUCCCUGCGAACUCUCCUCCUCCACAACAACCAGCUCCGCCUCCUGUCAGCUGACAUCCUCUCAUCCCUCCCCUCUCUGGAUGAGCUGUCUCUCCACUCAAACCCGCUGCGAUGUGACUGUCUUACCACUUGGGGGCCGCACCUCGGCAACCAAUCACAUGUGAGGCUGCUGGAGCCGUCCAUCACCGUCUGCUCCACCCCUUCUCACCUCAUUGGUCGGGAGCUGCAGGAGGUAGUGGCACUUGGGUGGGGUGUGGGCGGAGCCAACAGCUGUCUCCCUCACAUCUGUCCUCAGUCCCUCCCACCGACUGUGAAUGUCACAGCUGGGCAGCCAAUCAGACUGGAGUGCUGGGCGGAUGCUGACCCCGCCCCUCAGUUCUACUGGGUAACACCCACUGGAGAUAAGGUGAGCUCUGAGAACAUGGCUGCACCAAUCACAUUAGAGGAGGGGUGGGGCCUGAGCAGAUCAAAGAAGACCAAACAUCGUAUGUCAGAACUCGGAGUUCUGGUGAUCAAACACGCCGAGUCCUCAGACGCAGGUGUGUACACCUGUGUGGCGUGGAACUCGGAGGGCGCAGACACAAGGAGCGUCUCGGUGUCAGUGGACUCUCAGGGGUUCUGGUUGUCCAGCGCUGGAACCUGGCGGGAGGGCGAGUCCAGCAGAGAUCAGUCCUGGUCGGGGAACUCGUCGAGUGCUGCAGCCUCUCUGGUGGUUCUGGCCAAGGUAGUUCACGCCCAGUCCGUGGUUCUGGAGUGGAGGUUGUUUCCCAGUGGAGGAUCUUCAUCUGAAGCCCCGCCCCCUCUGCUCCACUGGACCAGUGCCAUCGUCCACAUAGACAAUCCUCAGAUCAGCUUCACUGCUGAGGUUCCGGUGGACGUGCAGGAAUAUAACCUGACUCACCUUCUUCCUGCCACCGAGUAUCACGUCUGUCUCACCGUCUCCUCCUCGGCUCUUUCUUUUCCCACCUCCUCUCCUGGCUCCUCCCCCUCCCCUCCCUCGAGCCCCGCCUCUCCCAUCCACACUUCCUGUGUGAACGUGACCACGAAGGAGGCGGGCUUCUCGGUGGAGCUGGUGGCGUCUCGGCGCAGCAGCGUGGCGUUGGCAGCGGUCAUGGGCUCCAUGUUCGCUCUGUCCAUCAUGACCCUGUUGACCUUCUACAUGAGACGCCGCAUCCAGCAGCACAAGAGUGGCGGUCACUCACUGAAGACGUACAUGCAGCACGCCGCGUCCACGUCCAUCCCACUCAACGAGCUGUACCCGCCCCUCAUCACACUGUGGGAGAGCGAGGCCGACAAAGACAAGGACGACAAGGAAGACGAGAGGGGUGGGGCACAGAGGGGGGAAGAGUCAGGGCUCAGUCAGAUUGACACCUCCAAGACGUACAUGUGGUAGCUGCGUAAGGGGGCGGGGCUUACCCAUUAGAAGCACUGAAUUUCAGUUGAGGAGGGUGGGGCAAGACGGGCGAGGGAAGACGAAAGAAGAGAGGGGCCUGUGUUGGAAACAGACACCGUUCCAUAUCUGGACCAUUUCAUCUCAUAAGAGUUUGAUGAUUUGACCUUUGACCUUUGACCUCCAAAACAUAAAAACACCAGAAGAUCAGCUGUAAACCUCUGAGUCUCUUCAUGUCCUUCUUUCCUUCCUCGUGUCCUCCCUCGUUUCCUUCCCCUCGUGUGAAGCACACUGACGGUCUUUGCACUGUCAAAGCAAAGACUCAGGUUAUUGUACUGAACUUGAACGCAGCACUGACACUCGCACUUACAAGCCCCGCCUUCAAAUGUCUGUCUGUCUGUCUGUGAUGUGGACUCGAUCGGAGACAGACGGUUGUGUUGUUGAACGCCGCGCAGCAUGAACACAUCACGGUUUAUUAUUGUUUGCGGUGGUCGUCGUGGCAACAGUCCCCUCUAUGUCCAGCUUUAUUCAAACCUUCUGCAUGGACAGGAAGAACAUUCUUCUGACCUGACCUUUUAUUUGACCCUAUUAUGCCGAGGGUGAGGGCAGGGCUUCACACCUGUCACUCAAGCCUCUUUUUUGUUUCACUGAUGAGGAACAUUACAUUACAUUACAUUACAUGUCAUU